UGUGGACAUACAUGUCUGUGAUACAUGUCUUUAAUCUUUUUGGUGUGACAAUUCAAGGUAAAAUUUAAAAUUGUUGCGCUGCUUUGCUUGAUAUGUUAGGUUAAAGAAAAGAACAUUACAGAAGAAGCUUGGUAGGUAUUUAGAAUUUAGAUCCUGAGAGGACUUCUUACUACUUAUAAUAUUGAAAAGAUACGUUGUAAUAACAUCUUUAAACAUUUAGAUUGUUUUAAAAAUGGCGGAUUGGGAUGAUGAAUGGCAGGAAAGUGAGCCGGUAGCUGCUUCGCCUCCACAAAGAACUCAAACUUUUCAUUCGAGUAGAGGAGCACGAGGAAGCUAUUCAAAUCGAGGGUAUAGAGGAGGGCAACGGUCUGCAAAUACUAACACUGAUUGGAGAGCGCGUGGAGAUAACAACCGAGAUGGUGACCGGCAAAACUUCCGCCAAGAAAACAAAAAGAUUAUAUCCAUUCCAUCUGAUAAAGUUGGCCGGGUGAUUGGCAAAGGGGGUUCUAAAAUCAGAGAUCUUGAAUAUGAAAGUGAAGCUAAAAUAAAAAUCGGAGAUUCUAAUGGCAAUGAUACAAACAUAACAUUGCUUGGAUCAGAUGAAGCUAUUUCAAAAGUAGAGAAGUUGAUCAAUGAUCUAACGAUUGAUCGUAGACCCACCCCCAGAGAGCCAAGAGACACUAUGAACACCAGUAAUGGAAGCAAUAGUUCUGAAUUUGUUACUAAGAAUGCAAAUGGGGAUGAGGUUUUUGAUUGGAAUAAACUGAAUGCAGUCUAUGAUCAACAUCAACAAGAGAGAUGGUCACAAUUACCAGCUAUAGUAAAAGAUUUUUACAAGGAAGAUCCCAAUGUUGCAGCUAUGUCUCCUGCUGAUGUUACUCGUUGGAGACUUGAAAAUAAUGACAUACAAGUGCGGAGAACAUUUGAGGAUAGAGCAGAUCUGAAACCCAUUCCCAACCCAGUUUUAACAUUUGAGCAGGCAUUCCAACAUUAUCCUGAAAUUUUGGAUGAAAUUUAUAAGCAAGGCUUUACACAACCUUCUCCUAUACAGAGUCAAGCUUGGCCAAUAUUAAUGAGAGGUGAAGAUAUGAUUGGUAUAGCACAAACAGGAACUGGUAAAACUCUUGCAUUCUUGCUUCCUGCUUUGAUACAUAUCGAGGGACAACCAACCCCAAGGGAAGAAAGGGAGGGUCCAACUGUAUUAAUAUUAGCUCCAACAAGAGAACUUGCAUUGCAAAUUGAUAAAGAAGUUUCUAAGUAUCAAUACAGAGGGAUAAAAUCUGUAUGUGUGUAUGGAGGUGGGGAUCGCAGGGAACAAAUUAAGAUUGUAACCAAAGGUGUGGAUAUUGUCAUAGCAACACCAGGCAGAUUUAAUGAUCUGGUUCUGGCUAGACAUUUGAAUGCUAUAAACUUUUCAUACAUAGUAUUAGAUGAAGCAGACAGAAUGUUGGACAUGGGUUUUGAACCACAGAUUAGAAAAUCCCUAUUUGAUGUCAGGCCUGACCGCCAAUGUGUUAUGACAUCAGCAACUUGGCCAUCUGGUGUGCGACGUUUAGCUGAAUCCUACAUGAAAGACCCGAUCCAAGUAAAUGUGGGAUCACUUGAUUUAGCUGCAGUACAUACUGUUACACAAAAACUCAUGUUUGUUGAAGAAGAUGAUAAGGAUGCCGCUCUGUUUGAAUUCAUAACUAACAUGGACCCAAAUGAUAAAGUGAUUGUAUUUUGUGGUAAAAAAGCCACAGCCACACACAUUUCCACUGAGCUUGCUAUUAAAGGCAUUGAAUGCCAAUCUUUGCAUGGAGAUAGAGACCAAAGUGACCGCGAAGCAGCUUUAGAAGAAAUGGUUGAUGGUACUGUUAAUAUUUUAAUUGCAACAGAUGUUGCCUCCAGAGGUAUAGACAUUAAAGACCUGACCCAUGUGGUUAAUUUAGAUUUCCCUCGGCAUAUUGAGGAAUAUGUUCAUAGAAUUGGCAGGACAGGUAGAGCUGGAAAGACUGGUAUUGCAUUGUCCUUUAUCACAAGGAGUGAUUGGGCUCAUGCCAAAGAAUUAAUUAAAAUCUUGGAGGAAGCAAAUCAAGAAGUUCCUGAUGAGUUGCAAUCUAUGGCUGAUAGAUUUGAUGCUAUGAAAAUAAGACGAGAAAAGGAAGGUGGUGGUGGUGGCAGGGGUAGGGGUGGCAGAGGCAGAAGAGAUAGAUGGUAGAAAUAUUUUCUGUGACAUGUUAAGAAGUAAACAUGACUUGAAGACUAAGCAUGCAUUCUAAGCAAUUUUAUCUAUUUAGUGAUAUUUUUUAAUGUAUUUCAGACUUAAGUUAUUUUGCUACCCUUCAGAUGCAGAUUAUUUAUAUGUAUAAUAUGACAAAAUAUGUUGUUUAAAAUAAACAUAAUUUUGUACAUGUGCCAAUAAAAAUUUUGCAGAUGUCUCAGUA